AUGUACUGUAAAAAGGGAAAGUACCGACGACUUCUAGUUAAGCUGUAGAGGGGGCAAGACAAUUUUUCCUGACGAGGGAUCUGUAGAGCAACAUGUUGGUCUACUGCUUAAAUAGGACAGCAUAGUACAGUACCUGCGUCCGUGGCUAUAAUCAUUGCUCUUACAAAAUGGGGACCUGGGGAAAUACAUUCACAUACAUUGUGGUGGGAGUAUUUGUAAUUUAUAUGGCACACACUAUACAAACAAUGUACAGUAUGUUUGUUAUCAAACCGUGCAAUGCCAAGGACCAAUCCAAGUGUCUGCAUCCUCACGUUUCUUCAGGUGAACUGCUGCAGCUAUCUGUAUACACUUCAUUGAAAAGUAAAAUGUCAAAAAGUGAUAAAAGUCUGGCUCCUGUACUUCAAAUUUCUAACUUCAAUACUUCACUAGCAAAUUCAUUCUCAGUUAAUAUAACACUACCUCAGAAGGCAUGUAAACAUGGAGGUUUUGUAGCACAUGUGUUUGUAAAUCCAGUAGGGAAAUCCCCAUUGAAUGAUAAAGAGGCAUGUACAGGUCAAAUGAACUUGACCCAACAUCGACCCCCUAAAGAUGAUGUAUACCAUCUUUUAUCAAAUUCAACUAAUCAGAUUAGCUCAGACAUAAGUCAACCUGUUGCACAUUGGAAACCCACAUUGUAUUUUAGUAUUGUACCGGAUAAAAUUGUUUUUGACAAAGAAAACUUUCCAUAUGAAAUUUACAAAUAUUUCAGAUUUCAGAAAAGUGGAAAGUAUUUACCAAUCCUGUAUAUAAAUGAACUUGCAGUAAAAUAUUCAGAUUUAGUGUUGUUGAAUUCAUCUACAUGUGAGAUGCCAUUAACAGUAGAGUAUUUGCCUAUAUCCGUUGGCAAACUCAGGCUAUUUACAAAUCUUGAAAAGUCUGUGGAAAUGAUGAAGGAGUUAGGUAAGUAAUGCCAACAUUGUUUAAUGCAAGUAAGUCACAAAUCUGUACAAUUAUGAUAGUUCUUAUGUAUAUAUAUUUUAUUAUGUUGUCACAAUCUACAGGGGCUAUUUGACGUCCUAGCAUUUAAAAAUGAUAUUAGUUAUUGGAGAAAUCGAGACAAGAUCACAGGAAUGUCAACAAGCACAGUAUUGUGGUGUGGUUUCAGUCAAGUUGUUAUCUUUUUCUAUCUUAUGGAUGAAGAUACUAGUUUACUAGUUCUUGUACCAGCUGGGAUUGGUGCUCUUAUUGAGAUCUGGAAGAUAAAGAAGGCGUUCAAACUGACAUUCUCAAUGUCGGGCUACAGACCAACUAUCAACAAAGGCACAUGCAGUGAGGAAGAGAAGGCCACCAGUACCAUCAACAACCAAGCAAUGGUCUACCUAUCCUACAUUCUAGCGCCUAUAUGUAUAGGAGUUGCGGUCUAUUCAUUGCUCUAUGUAUCAUACAAAAGCUGGUAUUCUUGGGUUAUACACAGUCUAGCUAAUGGUGUCUAUGCUUUUGGAUUUCUCUUCAUGUUGCCUCAGCUUUUUGUAAAUUAUAAGCUCAAAUCUGUUUCUCAUCUACCAUGGCGAGUAUUUAUGUAUAAGGCUUUGAAUACAUUUAUUGAUGACCUGUUUGCAUUUGUCAUCACCAUGCCAACAACUCAUCGAAUGGCAUGUUUUAGAGAUGAUGUAGUGUUUGUAAUCUACCUGUACCAGAGAUGGUUAUAUCCAGUGGACAAAAGUAGGAAGAAUGAGUAUGGCAUUUCGUACGAAAAUGAAGACACAAAGAAACAUAAGAAUAAGAAGACGAAAAAGGAAUAAAGUUUUAAAUUUCAUUUUCCAAUAUGGAUUUCUGCAGAAGGGGUACAGAAACCUUCACCUAAGCUAGUAAUUUUGUCACGGAACACUGCUCUGAAAAAAACAUUUUUAGUAGUUUUAGAGUGCAAUUUCCGGGCGUCUAGGGUAAAUAUCAUAAAUUUGUCCAUGGAUUUGAUGCCCGUCCUAUCAGAACCUAGGUUUGGGGUUGAGCAACAGAAAUUUUAUUUGGCCUCAUCAAUACUUCAACCAUCUAGAAAACUACACAAAUUUUCUGUAUUUUUACGGCACUCCACAAUCGCGAUUUUUAAACUGUUUCUAAAUGCCUUGAAAUAAACACAAAGAACAGGGGUGGAUUAAGACUUUUCAAAGGGGGUUGUGGCACAACAUUGAUCUGCAUUUAUUUUUUUUAAAUUUAGUAGCAAAACGGGGGGUUGGGGCACAUGCCCCUGUGCCCUUACUGGCUGCAGGACUACGAACCAGAUCGCAAAAGGCAACCAUCUUAUUUUGAGACCUAAUUUUGAACUUCUACAACUUUCAGCCUAAUUACCCUAUUAUUUUUAACUCCCUUCCCUCGAAUAUCCAACUGCUACAAUACACUCCUUCACAUUUCUCAAAAGCUACCAUAUUUUUCAAUGAUCUUUUUACAUUUCUUACUUUUCCUCUGUUCAGAAUAAAUGAAAGCAAUAAUUAUUAAUUAUUGUAAAUUAAUUU